AUUGCCUUAUCGCCAUAUCUUCGUGUUUGAUGGUGGCGCGGUCACCUCGACUCGCGACGCUCGAGGUGCCUUCGCUACAACCACAAGUCGCAAUAUAUAUCGCGUGGUCCGCCGUGAGAGGUUGAGACAACGCGAGUAGAAGCUUCGCGUUCAUGGUCUCGUAAUCUUCUCGCUUCGACACUCGUGUAAUUUGGUUCGAGUGCGUUAACUUCGCCGAAGAAUAACACGUGGUCGGGCGGCUAUCCAAAUCCUUCUACCAUCGACCGAGCUGACCUUCAUGAGUCUGAGCAAGCUGUUUUUGGGGCGCCUGUCGGCAAAGCUUCAAUGGUGUCCACCGGUGUCAAAGCACGGAAUCGAUCUAAAUUUGAUCAAGAUGGGCAAUAUAUCUCGUGAAGUUAGUGUCGCACAGAGCAAGCGCAGCCGUGUUACCCAGGGUCUUGACGUGCUCGUGUCAGGACUGACAACAAUGACCAGGAAACCUACGAGCAACACCGAGUCACAGAAGUAUUUAAAUUGCCACUGCUUGUUGGAGGCUUGGAGUUCGCAAUGUCAGCCUCACCGCCACGACAGCCUCUUGCCUAGAGAUGGAAGGAUGGUGACGAGUCAGUCACACCACAGGUCCGUAUCCCGACUGUGUCAUCGCUAUGGCCGACACAACUUUACCACAUGCCUUCUGUGUCUGGCGGAGGAUCGUCAGCAAACCUGCAUGUGCUGUGAAGGUCUCUGAUGUGCGUUGGUGGUGUUCAAAUCAAUUUUCAGCUCCUCAGCAUAUGCAGGCACUGGAGCUACAUGCCGAUGGU